AUGUAUUUGUCUAGUCAAUUAGUGUUCGGUUCCUGCACUCAUCACAUCGAGAACGAUCAACCGCUCGAUCCAAUCAAGCUCAGCAAAUGUCACAAGAGCCGAUCACCCCCACAAAUGCGGAGACGAGCCGAGGACCAAGAACGGUCCACGGCUAUUAUUGCGGACUCGACUGUCGAUAUGGCGCUCGCAACCGCAUCCGCCCUAACCCUAGCUGCCUACCUUGACGCCAAAUUCCACCUUACAAAAGACCUCAGAACGCUCCUGGUCGCCGCAAGCGCAGCUCGUCGCCAUUCACAAGACGAAUCCAAAGGCCGUCUAAACGCGUGGUACUUCUUCGACGCUACGGCCUCCCAGUACCCCGACGCGUUAGCGAUCUGGUCGCGGGAAGGCAUUUACACAUUCCGCGAGACGCGCGACCGAGCAGCACAGUACGCGCACUUCUUCUUAUCAAGGGGUGUCGAGCGCGGCGAGCUCGUCGCGCUGUACUUGCAGAACAGGCCGGAGUUUAUCUUUGCGUGGUUGGGGCUUUGGUGCUUAGGAUGUGCGCCGGCAGCGAUCAACUAUAAUCUUGCCGGUGAUGCACUGGUACACUGUCUGAGGAUCAGCGGGGCGAGGAUUGUACUUGUUGAUGAUGAGGAGGGGUGUCGGGGGAGGAUGGAGGAGGUAAAGGGGGUCGUGGGUGGGGAUUUGGGUAUGGAGACUGUGACUGUAGACGAGACGUUCAACACCAAGGUCAUUCCUUCGUUGCCGACUACCGUGCCUGAGGGUGGAAAACUGACCGAGAAUACUUCGGGUGGGUAUCCGGCUAUAUUGCUGUAUACAUCGGGGACGACGGGAAUGCCAAAGGGGUGUGCUUUCACCAUGUCACGCCUCCAUCAGUCGAUCCUUCUUCGCCGGGGAGGAAUGGACGACAAGGACGGCCCUGACGGCGACAGAUGGUACUCGUGCAUGCCGCUCUACCACGGCACGUCGGCAAUAGCACUGAUUACCAGCCUGUCAUCGGGAAUCUCAAUUGCCAUAAGCCGCAAGUUCAGUGUGCGCCAGUUCUGGGCAGAUAUCCGGGACUCGGACGCGACCGCAUUCGUCUAUGUCGGCGAGGCGGCGCGGUAUCUGCUCGCUGCGCCGCCAUCGCCGCAAGACAAAGAGCACCGUGUGCGUCUGAUGUACGGAAAUGGCCUGCGCCCUGACAUCUGGGAUCGAUUCAGAGAGCGCUUUGGUGUCGCCGAGGUCGGCGAGUUCUUCAACAGCACCGAGGGAAUCUUCGCGUUGUUUAACUAUAACAAGGGGCCCUUCACGGCUGGGAGCGUGGGCCACCACGGCUUAUUGUUGCGGUUGCUUAUGAAUAACACAUAUGUGCCUGUGGCUAUUGACCCCAAUACAGGAGACGUGCUUCGAGAUCCGGAGACGGGGUUUGUCGUUCGUGCGCCGUAUGAAGUUGGUGGUGAGAUUCUGGUCAAUGUCCCUGGCAAAGACGCAUUCCAGGGGUAUUGGGAGAAUGAAGACGCCACGAAUAAGAAGUUCCUGCGCGACGUAUUCAAGAAGGGGGAUCUUUACUACCGCUCUGGGGAUGCGUUACGCAGACAAGCAGAUGGACGAUGGUAUUUCCUCGAUCGACUGGGUGAUACGUAUCGGUGGAAGAGUGAGAAUGUGUAUGUUCCCCUACGGCCUUUGAUAUUUGAGCCCAGUAGGAAAGCUAACAGUGGUGUUUGUGUGCGCAGCGCAACAGCCGAAGUCUCUGAAGUUCUCAACACACACUCCUCCAUCCUCGAAGCGAACGUCUACGGCGUCACUGUACCGCACCACGAAGGCCGCGCGGGCUGUGCAGCUGUCCAGCUGCGGGACGGCACGACCGACGCAGACCUGAAAGAUCUGGCAACGUUCACUCGCGCCCGAUUGCCGAAAUACGCAGUGCCCGUGUUCCUGCGCAUCGUGCAGAACUCGACGCACACCGACAAUCACAAGCAGGGAAAGGUUGCGCUUCGGGAGGAGGGUGUUGAUCCGGGGUUGACUGGGACGAAAGUUAAGGGGGGUCAGGGGGAUCGGUUUUUGUGGCUGAGACCGGGAGACGAGCAGUAUAGGGCAUUUGGAGCAGAAGAGUGGAAGGCGAUUGUUACGGGAAAGGUCAGGUUAUAG